GUCACUUGGAGGAAUCUUUAAAGCGUCCGUCGCCUGCUUACAAUGUUUCAGUACCCGACAACCCGCAAUAUGAACGGCAUGAAGACACAGUCACCGAUACUGACAAUGACCAACAAUGACAACGACCCUCUUCCCCUCGGCUGGGAAGUAAAAAUUGACCCUCAGACUGGAUGGCCCUUCUUUGUGGAUCACAACAACCGCACGACAACCUGGAAUGACCCGCGACACGACACGAAAAAGUUUCAGGUCAGAGAAGUGUCAGCAAAUGGACCCAACAUACCACCAGAACCAAGCCCUCAGGAGAUACAGAAAACCUUUGUGAGGGAGAUGAAGCACCCCAUUCUGCGCCCAGGUUAUGUUCCUAUCCCUGUCUUCCACGAGGGCGCAGAACUGAGGCAGCAACAGCAUCCAUGUUAUUCCUUCAUCCAGCCAACCACUGCACAGAAUAUCCGGUCAGACGGGCGGACACCUUCCCCGACGCCGGGGCUCCACUGCAGGCCCAGAUCACCUUUACAUGCAUCCCCUGAUAGCUGCUCUCCUGAGCCUGGAAAGGCCAGCUCGCCAGUUUCACAAACAGCAGAGGUUUACACUCUCCCCAAUCACCAACCCUCACGGCCCAGCAGCACUGGUCUUCAAGCAGGUUACAUCCCCAUCCGGGUGAUCCAUGAGGGUGGAGGAGGCCAAACACCAACACAGGCUCAGUUAAAUCCCUCUGUCUACGCUCAGCGCGUCCCCUACCAAGAGCACCAGCAGCCCUACCAUCGCCUUCAGACCGACGAAUGGCCUGGCUACUCUGCAGCAAUGCAGCCUCCCCGGGAAAGAGCUUCUCCGAUACUGAAUCCCCAGCAUCGCGAUGCUACUUCUAUUCAUCUUCAGCCUCAUAUUAGAAGCCAGUCACCCAUUGUAACACAGGUGCUGGGAGAAAGGCCGCAGGCUCAGCAGCAUGUCCUCACGAGAGACCCGCCACAGAAAAUGGAGCAGGAACAACAAAGUGCUCAACAGAAACCCGAGAACACGCAGCUCCCCCAGUCAUCGCACACAGAAGCUGACAUUCAAAAGCCUCAACAACCUCAACAGUACCAACAGCCUCCACCUCCGCAAACUCAACAGUACCAACAGCCUCCACCUCCGCAACCUCAACAGUACCAACAGCCUCCACCUCCGCAAACUCAACAGUACCAACAGCCUCCACCUCCGCAACCUCAACAGUACCAACAGCCUCCACCUCCGCAACCUCAUCCUUUCCAACAGCCUCCACCUCCGCAACCUCAGCAGUUCCAAUAUCCUCCACCUCCGCAACCUCAGCAGUUCCAACAUCCUCCACCUCCGCAACCUCAACAGAUCCAACAGCCUCCAUCUCCGCAACCUCAUCCUUUCCAACAGCCUCCACCUCCGCAACCUCAGCAGUUCCAACAGCCUCCACCUCCGCAACCUCAUCCUUUCCAACAGCCUCCACCUCCGCAACCUCAGCAGUUCCAACAGCCUCCACCUCCGCAACCUCAACAGUUCCAACAGCCUCCACCUCCGCAACCUCAACAGUUCCAGCAACCUCAGCAGUUUCAGCAGGCACCACCACAGACAUCUCCACUGCCUCAGCAUCCUGAACACUUAAUGCAGACGCAUCAACAGUUCCAGCAGCCCCAGAAAGCGGAGCAACCACAACAACAUACUGCAGAUAUCACAGUUCAAAUACCUCCAAAACCUGAGGCCGAGGACACGACAGCUGUUCCCCCAGAGGUCCCACCUGUAAAGGUUGAGACUGAACAUGCUGCUCAGUGCCCAGUCCACCCAGGCUUGGCCAAAGUACAGCAGAUAGUCGGACGGGUUGCUAAACUGGAGCAGGAUGUGAAAUGUUUUGAAGGGAAGAAGAACGGUAAGAAAUACUUGUUACUGGAGGAGCUGCUGACCAAAGAGCUCUUAGCACUGGACUCGGUAGACCCAGAGGGUCGUGUAGAUGUACGGCAGGCAAGACGGGAUGGAGUCCGUCGUGUUCAGAACAUACUGGAAGAACUGGAGCAGCUGGAGGAGCGGCCAGCCAGGCCUGCCAGCGAGACCGCGAUGGAGGGAGACAACCUGACACAGAAAGGAGAGCCCAGAAUGAUCACCAAGGAGAAUGUUGAGCUGGCAAAGGAGAUAUCAUAAUGACUUCACACUUCAUAAUGAAGGAGAGCAGGAUGACCUGCUGUAUAUGUGAUAGUGAACAAGUCUGCUCCGGCUAACUCUCCUCCUCCUAUAUCUACAGCAUUUGUGGAAGUUGCAUGCAUUGAUUAACAGUGUUGGUAUUUCCCGCCAUUCAGCACAUAAUUGAUGGUAGCUUAGUGCAAUCAUUUUCAAGCCAAUGUUGUUGCCUUCUAUGUUGUGCCAAUGUCUUCAUAAUAAGACAGCUGUUAUGAUCGAGGUGUUGUCAACACUUUCUAGUCAAAUUGAAGUUUGAAUAAGAGGCCUUUAUCAAUAAAUGGAAGAAGAAUAGAAGUAUUUUCUUAAGAAAAGUUAUGUGUGGUUGCCUUUUUGUUUUGAUCAAAUAUUGUAUGGAGCUUUUCUUAAUCCAGUCAGCAACACGUUUAGUACGCGAGUGCAAACAUUGGGGCUUUAAAGCAGAACUCACUGCUAAACUCAGUCAACAGAAAAGCAUUUUCCCCUUUAUAGCCACAUGUUGGAGCUGCUUUGUCACAGAGCACAGUGAAUAUGUUUAUUAGAUGCUGCUUUUUGGCGCAUUACUGAUUUUGCUGUCUUUGCACUUUGCCAUCAUUGAAAUGUAUCAUGCUGAGAAAUCAGCAGCACUUCAUUUGAAAUAUACAAGUUACACCGGUUUUGAUUGAUGUGUUUGUAUGUGCAUUGGUUUACUUGUUAUUUCAAAACAUUAUAUCAGUAUUUAUAUCCUUAUAUAGUAUUUUAGUACAUUCAUGAAUGUGUAAUGACAAAUGCAGGUGAGAUCUGUAUCUUACUCGAGAUGUCAGAUAAUCAGCACUUUGUGCUAAUGAGGAACUACAGUUAAAGAUUGUCAGAAUGUAUAACUACCACAGCCACAAUCUGUAUUAACGCGAACACAAAAACGGCCCAAAAGCCUUAAAAAUGCUGACUGAGAAAGUGCCCAAUUCUUAAAGAGAUGAAGCGCAAGAAAACUCUAAUCUGUCAUUUUAAAAGGUUACACUAAUCGUUUGUGUCGUAAUUUGUCACUAUAAUACGACCAGAAGCCAUCUGUAAGGUAGGGUCACUGCCCAACACACCUUUACAAAUGAUAUAUUGUGGUGUAGUGUAAUUACUGUUUAUGAGUAGCAGACUGAUGCAUUGUUGAAAGCAAUUCAUGUUGGUAUGUUUGAAAAUAAAACGUAUUUGACAUGGAU